AUGGCGAAGCGUUCGAAGGCGGCGGCGAUGGAGAGGAGGGACUGGCCUUCGCUCCUCCCCGACCUACUGAGCCAUGUCGGGGCACGGCGCUGGCGCGCGUCCGCGCCCAGCCCGCGCGACCCGACCCUCCGCGACCCCCGCCUCCGCCCGCGCGGCUGGGUCGCGCUCUGCGACGGCGACGGCGUGCGCCCGGCAGACGCGUGCGAGGUCGCCUUAUUCCACGCCGCCACCGGCAGGUGCCUCCGCGUCCGCUUGCCGGAGCUCCAGGGCCACCGCAUCGUCGGCUUUACGGAUGGCCUCGUCAUCCUGAUCAACAAGGAAACCACCGCCGACCGCGUCCCGCACCCCUUCACCCGCGUCGCCGUCGACCUCCCGCCGAUCGCCGCCAUCUUCAACUACAUGGUCAAGGAGCAGCAGUCCCGCGCCUGGAUGAGAGCCGCCGUGUGCGCGUCCCAGGACUCCCCCGAUUCCAUCGCCGUCGUCGCAUGGUCGUCGCCGAGCCUAGCUUCCCCUGCUGGUAUAUCGUGCACCACAACCUUGUGCUUGCCUCAGCCAUGCCCUUCCAUGGCCGUAUCUACGGCGUCAUGAGCAACGAGAGGCAGGUUCUGCAAAUCUAUCCUCGAUGUUCGAAUCCUUGUGUUGCUCGUAUCCCGAACACAUUCAGCAUCCCUCGAACGCACGCAUUCUUCCUCGUGGAAUCCGCCGCGCGCUUGAUACUUGUCCUCCAUCAUUUUCACUUUGACAAUUACAUCGAGAGAUAUAAACCUUGCCAGUUUGCAGGCUUUUUUCUCAGCCGCGACCGAUGCCUCUGUGUGUCUCAGAACAAUCUGCCUUCCAUCACCAGCAACGCCAUUUACUUCGAGUCUGAAGACCUCUACCCCGUGGUUAUGUACUCUGUCAGCAGCAGCGCAUGUGAGCUAUUAUCGACGUUGUCCAUCAUCCAUGACUACAGAAAGAGGGUCCAGCCCUCUGUUCGGCCCUUCACGCUUGUAGAUCAUUUAUUCACCUUUUGCAACCAUCGUUGUUGGUUGGGGACUUAUGUUUCAUGAAUACCGCUGCUUACCUAGAUCAUGGAAGAAGCUGUUGAAAAAACUCAAAACUCAAGACUGCGAAGUCAAGUUCCAAGCCAGG